ACAGUGGUGGAACGGAAGGGGGGAUCGCCUUUCCAGCGGACUUCGCAAAAUAAACGACGGGCGACGAGGGACCUCGAAAAAUCGCACGCCAAUCAAUUCGAGUGUGUGCGAAUUGAUUACAAAAAUAAAGGUAUUUCGAGAGCCACAGGCGACUGCCCGUCGACUCCCAUCCGCCGGAGUGGGGCCGCCACCUGCGAUAUGUGAUCAUUGGGGCUCCGCGGAGGUUUAUGCAAUGUUCUAGCUCUCGGCUAGUCGGAGGAGAAGCAGCCGGAGGAGGAGAAGGAGGAGCAACGGGCCAGAUGACUGUGACCACCACCAUGGAGGCACAGGUCAAGGCAGCGCACCAUCAUCAUUUACACCAUCCCACGGGCGGAGGAGCCCAGCACAAGGUGGAGGACGAGGAACCGGAUCCCGUUGAGGACGAGAUGACCGUACUUCUAGCCAAUAAGAACUUUCACUAUGACGUCGCCUCCGAGCUGGACGACGACGCCUUUGUGGAGCUCAAGGAGGACACCGCCCAAGCGGAUGGCACAGGUGGUGUUGGCUUCUACAAUCCGGAUGAACUGCUGCUCGAGGAGCAGCCACAUCCGCAAGUCACGUGGCUGGACGACGACGAGAUCGAGACGCUCGAUCGCGUCACGCUGGACAUGGGUAACAUGUUCUUCAAUCGCGUCGACAGCCAGGACAUAAUCUAUCAGCAGAAAAAGAAGAGCAUUAAGAUGGUGGGCAAGUACAUUAUGGGCGAUGUCCUCGGCGAGGGAUCGUACGGCAAGGUGAAGGAGGCCAUGAACUCGGAGAACCUGUGCCGGCUGGCCGUCAAGAUCCUGACCAAGCGGAAGUUGCGCAGGAUUCCCAACGGCGAACAAAACGUGACGCGCGAGAUCGCUUUGCUUAAGCAGCUGAAGCACCGACAUGUCGUGGAGCUGGUGGACGUUUUGUACAAUGAUGAGAAGCAGAAGAUGUACUUGGUUAUGGAGUACUGUGUCGGCGGGCUGCAGGAGAUGGUUGACUACCAGCCGGACAAGCGGAUGCCCCUGUUUCAGGCACACGGUUACUUUAAACAGCUAGUCGACGGCCUGGAGUACCUGCACAGCUGCCGGGUCAUCCACAAGGACAUCAAGCCAGGCAACUUGCUGCUCUCCCUGGAUCAAACGCUGAAGAUAUCCGACUUUGGUGUGGCGGAGCAACUGGAUCUGUUCUCACCUGACGACACGUGCACAACGGGCCAAGGUUCUCCGGCCUUUCAGCCACCGGAGAUCGCCAACGGACACGAGACCUUCGCCGGCUUCAAGGUGGACAUCUGGAGCAGCGGAGUGACUCUCUACAAUUUGGCUACUGGACAGUAUCCCUUCGAGGGCGACAAUAUCUACCGAUUGCUGGAGAACAUUGGGCGAGGUCAGUGGGAGGCGCCCACGUGGCUCUUCGAAAUGGACGCCGACUUUGCCAACCUGAUCCUCGGCAUGCUUCAGGCUGAUCCCAGCAAACGUCUCUCCCUGCAGGAAAUACGCCACGACACUUGGUUUAGAUCCGCCCCGGUGAAGACCGGCCCACCGAUACCCAUUCCCCCCCUGAAGGGCGACAAAUACCGCAACUCCACGGUGAUACCUUAUUUGGAAGCUUACCACUACGGCACCCAGGAGGAGGACGUCUACUUUACAGAGCACGACGUAAACCAGGAGCUCGCCCGCCAAGCGGCAGCUGCUGCCUCCGAAAUUCGGGCCAAGCAGUCGGCGGCGGCCCUAGCCGCCUGCCACGCCUACGAGCCGCCCUCCACAAGUGCCGCCGCAGCCGCCGCCUCCGGCAAUUCGCUGGGCAACGGUAGCAGGGAAGAGGCGCCAGUUAAGAAGAAAGGUUCGGCGCUAAAGAGGCGCGCCAAGAAGCUGACGUCCUGCAUCUCCGUGCGCAAACUGAGCCACUGCCGAACUUCAUAGGCGCAUUAGAUGCCUCCACUAAACAUAGAUGCUAAGAUUUAUCGAAAGGAAUAACUUUGUUAACAAAUUGUGAGGAACUUUUUGGUUUUGUUUUCCCGUUUUUUUUGUUGUCCUACAUUCGCCAAGUAUUUGUAACCAUAGAAUCAUGUAGGAAAUUCAGGAGCAACCUGGUACCGCCCGAGCAGCACCAGCUGCAGUAGCAGCAGCGGCAGCAUGAGCAGCAGCCGCAAGUGUCAGCGGACACUUUAAGUUAGCUGAUGCUAAUUGGGGAGUUGGUGAGGAGCAAUGGGGCGACACGAAAGCUAUAUAUCCAUGUGACAAUACUGUGUAUUAUAUGAAACAAAUGAAAGCGUAAAUUAGUCGUUAAUAUAUGAUGUACUGAAGGCAGCCGAGGAUUGCCGGAGGAGACGGUGCCCAUUGGUUCGCACACAUAAAGAAACAUGUUCAAGUGAAA